CCGCCCUGCGACUGACACAUGUCCGCUAGAGCUGCACCCUAGCACCACACUGCCGCUGCCACCAUGUCGACGCAGCAUACGAACGGGGUCAUUACCGGGCCCACUACAGGGAAUCGCAAGAAGGCCAAGCGGCGCGCGAAGGCUGCCGCCAAAUCUGCCACUCAAGUGCCUCCGCCGCACAUCACAGGCCAGCCGUCCGAACUGGGCUACGACGAGGAUGCGCUCCGCUACGAUGAGGACGACGACUAUGACUCUGAGGCCGAGCACGAGUACGCCGAGCAGCACCACUAUGCUCCUCCCCACCCCAACGGCAUAUAUCCUGCUCCGCCUCUGCCGCCCGGCAAGAAGAAGAACAAGAAAAAGAAGAAGUCGGGCAGCAUCCAGCAGAGCGACGCCUACGAACCACACCUGCUUCCUCCGCCGCGACAUGGCCACCAGCACUCUCCCAUGCGAGCACCCAUGUCUCACCACGGCAGUCACCACCAUGACAAUAUAUGGAAUACGAGUACGGCGCAGGAGCGACAGAACAUCAAGGAGUUCUGGCUGAGCUUGAGCGAGGACGAGCGCAAGGGCCUGCUCAAGAUUGAGAAGGAGGCGGUGCUGAAGAAGAUGAAGCAGCAGCAGAAGCAUUCGUGCUCUUGCACUGUGUGUGGACGGAAGCGUACUGCGAUCGAGGAGGAGCUCGAAGUGCUGUACGAAGGCUAUUACGAGGAACUCGAACAGUAUGCGCACGUCGAUCAGCCGCCAUUACCCACUGCAGACGGCAUGCUCCCCGCUCCACUGCAACACCGCCCGCCACAUCCGCUUUCCACACCUCCGCCACCCAUGCAUCCUCGCCACCGAACGAGUCACGUACAUGAGCAUCUCGACGACGACGAGUACAGCGAGGAGGAAGACGAAGAAGAAGAGUACAGCGACGAAGACGAGGACGAGUAUUCUGACGACGAACCGGACCACCAUCCCGAACCGCCGCGAGGCCACCCGGGUGUGCCAGACUUCUUCGACUUUGGCUCACAGCUGACUGUCAAAGGUAUUCUAACUCCAUGGGCUGAAAAACUGGAGGCGAUGGGGCUAAAGGGUAAAGCAGACAACCUCCUCACGGUAGCUGACGAUCUGCUGAAGAAUGACGGUCGCAAGUUCAUCGAAAUGAUGGAACAGCUUGCAGAGCGUCGAAUGGCUCGCGAGAGUCGUUCGCAUUACGACGCAGAGUCGCCUUCGGGCUACCCAUCCAACGAUCAGUACGGCCAAGAGGACCCUCUUGCCGCAGACGACGAGUACGACGAUGAGGAAGGCUCGUACGACAGCCAGGAAGAUUACGAUGACAUGGACGAUGAGGAGGACGAGAUGGUGGGUGACAUUGAGCUGGCAAGUCCCACAUUUCAAACUGAUUCUUUGCAGGGAGGGCUGACCGAGGAACAACGUAUGCAGGAAGGACGACGAAUGUUCCAAAUAUUUGCAGCACGCAUGUUCGAACAACGUGUGCUUACAGCAUAUCGAGAGAAAGUCGCAGCCGAACGUCAAGCGAAGCUACUGGAAGAGCUGGCCGAUGAGGACAAAUUACAGGCACAGCGAGAAGCCAAGAAGCAGCGAGAUGCGCAGAAGAAGAAAGACAAGAAGAAGCAGGCACAGCAGGCCAAAGCAGAGGAGAAGGCGAAGCGGGAUGCUGAGAAAGCCGCAGAAGAAGCCCGGCUGCGUCAGGCGGAAGAGAAGAAGCAAGAGGAGCAGAGACGGAGGAAGGAGGAACAGCGAAAGAAGCGGGAGGAGGAGAAGCGGAAGGCGGAUGAAGAGAAAGCGAGGAAAGAAUUCGAGCGCUUGAGGCGGCAGCAAGAGGAGCAGCAGCGGAGAGAGGAAGCGGAACGCAAGGCACGAGAAGCCAAAGCUGCAGAGAAGGCUCGGAAAGAAGAGCAGCGCAAGAAAGAGCGCGAGGAACGUAAAGCACGCGAGAAGGAAGUUCGAGAGCGCAAAGCCCAGGAAGAUGCCGAAAAGAAAGAGCGUGAAGCCAAGGCGAAAGCCGAAAAGGAGGCCAAGGACCGCGAGAAGAAAGUCCAUCAAGUGCCGCCACUCACCGCGCAUCCUCCUCAACUUGCAAAGCGAUCCUCGCAGCCUGGUAUGGUGGCCAUUCCCGGAGUCUAUGGCAAGCAAACGACUUCGGGUAUUUCUUCUCCUCACGUCAACAUCGCAACACCUGCGGUACCGAAGGCGCCCACCCCAUCGAAGCAGAGACAAGCUUCGCAGCAAGGCUCACAUGCUUCUUCGCCCAAGCAAUCACAUUCGCAGGUCUCGAGUGCACCCAGCAAAUCAUCCUCACCGGGUGCUAGCGGACAGCAAACUUCAAACCAACCCAAGCAAAUCUUGCACAAAGCGGGCAACCAACAACCUAAUCAGCAACCGCAACCGAUCAACACUCCGUCCCCGCUGCACCACCAGCCGAUUCAACCGCCACCGGGAAUGCCGCAUCCUCACCAUCACCCAGGUGGCUUCGCAGGCAUGCCACCGAUGGGCUUCAAUGGUUUCCCAGUGCCACAAGGACCAAUGCUGCCAGGCAUGAACCGAGGACCAAUGCCCGGUAUGUUUCCGAAUCAAGGCCCCCCCAUGGGCUUCCCUAAUCGCAUGUCGUUCGGCCAUCCAGGCAUGAACGGCAUGAACGGAAUGCUUCCUCCACCUGGUAUGAUGCCACCGCAAGGCAGAGGUUUUCCGUUUGACGGCCCUGGAAGUCUCUCCGGCCACUCGCGUCAACAGUCGACCGAUAAGGAGCGUUUCGAGUCGGCAGCCAAUGCACCAAUCGCCAGGCCAGCACCGAUACAACGCCCGAACAGUGUCAAGCCACCGUCACGCAAUGGUUCCAAUCCAGAACUGGAGGAUCUUUCAAGACAUCUCGGUAGUUCAGCACUGCUUGACGACAGCGAUGAGCCGGUAUCGAAUGCAGAGAACAACCGUCGACACUCAAAUGUGCCAGGCCAAUCUCGCGGCAUCAACAUUCCAGGCGGUGGCAUGAAUCAUAUCGGCGGCUUUCCUGGUGGCUUUGGCGCACCUGGCAGCUCGUGGAAUACUCCCGCCAUGCCAUUCGGAUCAAGUCCAGGCCUUGGUCAGCCCGGGUGGGGCAACUUGCCACCACCGUCGAGCAGUUGGGGCAAUAACAAUGCUGCAUUUGCGAGUAAUGGUGGAUUUGGCUCUAUUGCGCCUCCCAUGCACCGUCCGGCUGGUGGCAGCAUGAGCCGACCUCUUGCCAUUCGUAUCGCCAUAUGCCAAGCCUGCAAGCAAUUAUCAGCAUCAAAUCGUGGCGAGGGCGACAAGUUCCACAACGUCGAUGUGUUACUCCGCCAGAUGGAAGCAAACCGACCCCCUCUGGAGGCAAUGCCCACGCUGCAAGAGAUCGAGGCUAUCUGCGAGACGGAAGGCGAUAGUCAGAACGGCGGUGGCGAGCUGUCAAUCAAGCACAACGAAGCGGAAGGCUCGUACGCAGUCAAGUGGGAGGCAGACGCAAGUACGCCCGAUCAGAGCAGAGGUCACACUGGAUUGGGAGAGAUCGGCUCGCCAAUGCCAAGCAAGACAUCACCUGCAACUGGAUUUGGUGCACCUGGCAUGGGUCGCGCACCAGGACCUCUUCCCAACUUGGGCACUCUCGGAUCGUCAUCUUAGGUGCAUUACGAUCGAAAGAACAGGAGUGUGCUGAAGUACCCACGAUUCCUUAGAAGGGAGGAGACGAUUUGAUCGAAUAAGUAACGGGAAGUGAUUUUCUUGGUAUGGCAUGGGAUGGCGUAGUGCCAAGCUCUCGGUUUGGCGUGCUAUGAGCAUCCGGGUUUGCAAACUUCUCAUGCGCAGCAUAGAAAAUUCAAAGGCACGCUCAAUCUGUCCUUUUUUCGGGAUUG